AUUGUUCGAUCAGGUCCAGUUCAUAUCUUCGGUAAAUAGUGUUUCAGAGCAAUCUAGAAGAAGAAGAUGGAAAAUGACAAGGGGUCAAUGUAUGGACCCUCAUAUUUCGAACUAAACACGGGAGCCAAGAUACCGUCCGUCGGAUUGGGCACUUGGAAAGCUGCCCCUGGUGUCGUUGGAGAGGCAGUCAUUGCUGCUGUCAAGGCUGGUUAUAGACAUAUUGAUUGUGCACGUGUCUACGGCAACGAAAAGGAGAUUGGGAUGGCUUUGAAGGAACUAUUCUCCACCGGAGUAGUGAAGCGUAGUGAGAUUUGGAUCACAUCCAAGCUAUGGUGCAAUGACCAUGCGCCAGAGGAUGUCUCCAAGGGACUGAGCAAGACAUUAGAAGACCUGCAACUAGACUAUGUCGACCUAUAUCUCAUGCAUUGGCCAUUUCGGACGAAGCCUGGCUCAAGUGGGUUUAAUCCAGAAGUCAUGGUUCCACUGUGUCUUCCAGAGACAUGGAGUGCUAUGGAGGGCUUGUUUGCAUCAGGGCAAGCAAGGGCUAUUGGAGUGAGCAACUUCUCAACUAAGAAGCUGGAAAAACUACUCGGAUACGCGAAGGUGCCACCAUCUGUGAACCAGGUGGAAUGCCAUCCAGGAUGGCAACAGCCUUCCUUACACAACUUAUGCAAGUCUACAGGCAUUCAUCUGUCGGCCUAUUCUCCUUUAGGGUCUCCAGGGUCUUGGCUUAAAGGUGAGACCUUGAAGGAACCUACAAUUAUUGAGAUUGCUGAGAAACUUAACAAAUCACCUGCACAAGUAGCUCUCCGAUGGGGUAUUCAAAAUGGUCAUAGCGUCCUCCCAAAGAGUGUAAAUGAGUCUAGACUCAAGGAGAACAUUAGUUUAUUUGACUGGUGCAUUCCUCAAGAUCUCUUCUCCGAGUUCUCCAAAAUUCAUCAGAAAAGACUUCUACGAGGAGAAUUUGUGGUCCAUGAAACAUGCAGUCCAUAUAAGAGCCUCGAGGAGCUAUGGGAUGGUGAAAUAUGAGAUUUAUUACCAUCUAAGAAAUAUAAAUAGAAGUUUCUGACAUUUUCUUCGAAAAAUUGUUUGGUUGCAACUGGAGUUUAAUCUCUAUCAUGGAUGAU